GACGUGACGGGCCGACCCCUACUUCGCAGACCUUGCGACUUCGCGGGGGCUGGGCUCCUCCUUUUGCUUACUUCUUGUGUCAAAUCCUGGUGUCCUACCUUCCAAGGGCGAUUCUUGUUGACUCUCUCUCAUUGGUGUAGUUGGUUUGGGGGAGGUUAUCGUCAGAGUCAGGGGCCUUUUUUCUUCCUCGCGUCGACGUGAAAAUUCUGCUAAAUUCUCUUCUGAGCUACCACUGAACCAAGCGAAGUCUUUGCAGCCAUUGAAAGCGCCUUUGACAAGCAUAUCUUCUUCCCCUCUUUUAUCGGUCUAUAGCACCUCUUCAAAGAACUUGAGUCCGAGGCCCCGGAUCGCCAACUCCUUGUUAAGUAUUCAGUCUGGCCCGGAUAAGAAUCGCCCAUUUGCCUGCUCCCUGGCAGCAUGGCAAACCCGCAACAGGAAGCUGACCCGCCCGACUGGAGGGGACAAGAUGAUCCGGACUGCCCUUACAACUGGCCAUUGUGGAAGCGCAUCUACAGCACCAGUAUUCCGGCUUUUCUUUGCGUCAAUGUGUCUUUCGCCUCUUCCGUCUACACCUCUGGCGCCAACGACGUGUCAGAAAAGUUUGGCGUUUCACACACGGCAUCCCUCCUCGGCCUUUCCCUCUUUCUCUGGGCUCUCGGCCUCGGUGCCAUCAUAGCCGCACCCGUUAGCGAAUACUAUGGCCGCAGGAUCGUCUACCUCAGCACCGUCCCGGUCUUUGGACUCUUCAUCCUGGGCUCGGGACUAGCGCAGAAUUUUACGACACUGAUUGUCUGUCGUUUUUUCGCCGGCUUCUUUGGGAGUGCCGUCGUUUCCGUCGGUGGCGGAACCAACGCUGACCUAUGGCCACCUGCACUGGCGGGAUUCGUCUACCCUUUCUAUUUCGUGUCUCCAUUUCUCGGGCCAGCUUUUGGGCCUGUUAUUGGCGGCUUUUUGGCUGAGGAGAAAGACUUCAGAUGGCUUGAAUGGGUUGUCCUCUUCAUGGUAGCCUUCAACUACCUUUAUGCCCUUCCACAAUUCGAGACAUACAAGAAGACCAUCCUCCAGAGACGUAUGCGUGCCGAGAAGCAGUCAGAUGCGCCUCAAGCCCAUAUGCCCAAGGUUGCCCUCCCCUCGAGCGCAAUCAUCCAACGUAUCGUUCUCAAGCCUUUCAAAAUGCUCUUUGUCGAGUCAAUUGUGCUCUUCAUGACCAUUUACAUGGCCUUCAACUUCGCCGUCUUUUACAGCUUUUUCGCAGCCUUCCCUUACGUCUUUGGGGGCCAUUAUGGCUUCACCCCGGGCCAGCAGGGUCUCACUUUCAUCUCCAUCGCGCUGGGCUGCGUUAUUGGCUUCCUGGCUGUAGUCUACAUUGAUCGCAAGACUUACCCAGCGCUAGAGGCAAAGUAUGGCGUCGGCGCGGUGCCCCCAGAGUAUCGUCUUUACGGCGCUAUGGUCGGUUGCGCACUCAAUCCGGCCAGCCUGUUCUGGUUCGGAUGGACAGCCGACAAGGGUGUCUAUUGGCUCAGCCCAGUUAUUGCCUCUGUACCAUUCGCCGUGGGCAACAUCAUGGUUUAUAGUAGCGGCGCGCUGUACAUCAUGAACUCUUAUGGUUCUUUGCACGGCGCGAGUGCUCUGAGCGCCAAUAGCCUCCUGAGAUAUGCGGGCGGGGGGGCGUUUCCGCUAUUUACGGUUCAAAUGUUCUCCUCCAUGGGGAUUGGAUGGGCGAGUAGUCUGCUUGGGUUUGUCUCGGUCGUGCUGGUGCCAGUUCCAUGGGUAUUGUAUAAGUACGGGAGAAGAAUCCGGGCACAUAGUCAGUAUAUCACGAUCAAGGAGCCGGUAUCCGGCAACCAGACAUCUUUGGAGAUGACGGCUGAGGACACGGAGAGCCAGUAGCCCGGUUACGAACGGAUGGAAAGAAUCAUCAGAGACGCAUAAAGUAGACAUACAAAAAAGUGACCGGAAUGUCCAGGCAGUUUCUAGCUGCCACGAUGCAUGCUUGAGAAUUAGAGGGGCCACUUCAGUCAGCAAAGGCCACAUGCUUGGCUUCCAAGGAGCUACGGAGCCACUUGAAUAAGAUAGGACAAGGCACAUGUCCGUCGAUGCAUCCAUGCGAGCAAACACAUUUAAUUCGCGCCCCCACGCUCAAGGCGAU